AUGGGUUGGAUAUCUUCAAUCCUUGGUACCGACAAGUCGUCAGACCCUCUUUCGAAACUGGAUCCAAGCCUUCGCGACUUUCUGGAGAAAGAAUCUCCCCUCAAAUACUCUUCGAACCAACCUGCGAUUCCUCCUCCAGCAAAUCAGCAGCCCCGAAAUCCUGAUGCAGCGGUGACAGCUUCAGAACCACAGAAGCCAGCCGUGCCUUCGGCAAGCCUGUAUCAAGACGGUCGAUAUGCCCACCUCUGGAAGAACUACCAACCGCUCGCCGAGAUUGAGGCAGAGACUGCAACCGAUCAUGAGAAGCUAAUGAGCGUCUUGGAGGCAUACAAGGAACGAAAAGAGGCUAUUGGCAAGGCAGCAUUGGAAAACUGUGCGGAAUACCAAGAGGAGUGGGUGAAUUGCAUGAAGCAUGGAAGCUGGGAGGAUCAAAUGCAGAUGUGUAGGCAUCAAGUUCGAAGAUUCGAGAGGUGUUAUAUGAUGCAGUCGCGCUUUCUUCGAGCGUUAGGGCAUGGGUCAGUGGUAGGCAGAUCGCCUGAGGUGGAAGAGGAUAUUCAGAUGCACGCCGACUCUCUUUAUCAGCGAAUGAUCAAGCACGAGGAGGCAGUUGAGAAGGCUAAGGCAGAAGGACUGCCCGUGCCGGUCUUCCAGGCAACACUGCCAAAGGCCAAGAAAGAUGCGGUUAUGCCCACCGAAGAACUUCAACAACAAUGGAAAGAACAGCUUGAUAAGCUACCGGCUGAGGAACGUGUGGUUGAAGAGGCUGCUCUUCGUGCCGAUCUCCAGGCUAAGGCUGAGGUUGCCGGCAGCGUUCAGAAGAUCUGGGAUACACAGGCGGAGCAGAGGAAACAGAGACAGGCAGAGGGGACGUCUACAUUUGGAGAUUACAUUGCAUCUUUGUUUGGGAAAUCUGGGAAAUAA